AAUGAACAAUACAGUCUUCUCUCGUCUCAAUUGUGACGUCGUCAUCAACCCAACUGUCUUCUGUUAUUCACAGCCUCUGUCAAAUAUCCGUUUCUUUUGCAGACACAUUCCGUCUUCAAGGUUUACUGACAACUGGUCAGCUAGUAGUUUUUUUCUUAAUUUUUUCUGUAUCUAACGAUGAAGAGACCAUCUUACUGGAAGUUGUUUGGAUUUGGAUUUCUGCUACUCGUUUUUCGAAAAAUCGUAAUAGCUUGCCUGGCGAUGCAUAUAGUAUGGCAGAAUUGGAAUGAUGUAGGAUUUGAAAGACUGAUUGAUAAUCCAUCCCUACAACAUGCAGUUUCCCUAAUGAGCCCGAAUAGUUCUGGCCUGGUUCUAAUCCUGAAUAAACACGCACUCAACAUGACAUAUAAUUGGCUUUGCAAUACUAAACACUUAAAAGGUGUUCAUGAAAAUUCUUAUAUUGUUACAUUGGAUGAAGAGUCUUCUUCUGCAUUGAAGAAAACAUGGCCAAAUGUCAAUCAAGUAAAUAUUGUGGUUCCUGGUUUGAAGGACUCAUUCAACUACGGUGACGGGUACUAUCAGCUCUUCUAUCUUUUCCGUGCAAACCUGGCUCGUGCUAUUCUUCAUUAUAAUAAACCGUUUUGGAUGAUUCAACAAGAUACAUUUUGGAAUGACAAUCUGUUACACAUCGAUCUUAUGGAAAACGAAGACGUGGACAUUCUUUUUGACAGGGCUUCUGACAAAGGUCCUCUGAUUGCAGGAGGAUAUUAUCAUGCUAAGCCAACAUCAAGCUCUAAAAAUUACUUUAACAAAUUAGCAAAGGACAUUUCCUGGUGGUAUGCUCCUGAUAACGCCUACAUGACUUCGCUUUGCGAAGUUUCCGGAUUGGCAAAAUGUGGCAGAUUAUCCUUUGACCUGAUAACUAACUGGCAAUGGUUGCAAGGGACUUCUGGAGUUCCACCUAAAUUUAUACAGUUUGACGGAGAGGCUAAGUUGGGUGGAAAACUUGCAAAGAUGAAGAAAAUUGGUUUUUAUUUUCUCAAUGAUGAUGCUAGUAACAAUCAAAAUGAAUCUACAUGCAACGCCACAUCAAUUUCAAACACAAGAUACAUCUUGGAGUCAAAAAUUGCACAGUGGGACAAAGUCGCUUCUUCAAGUCACAAACAAUUUAAGAUGUACCAGGACAUUGCCGACUUCUUUUACUCAACCCGGAUAGGUGCUGCCGUCAUGAAUCAUUUUAUUCUACCCUACGCUCAUUAUUGUAUGCUUUCUAUGUAACCUCUUCAUUCUUAAAACGGUCUCUGUCAAUAAUUUAAUUCUACCAUCGAUAAAUAUGAAAUGUACAGGAAAAACGAAAAAAAUUUGAUAAUGGCGGGUUGAUAAGGACUCGAAAUUCACAUGGUGAUUAGGUCGGCUAGAACUGUUGAUGAAUAUAAUCAUUUUCAGUUUCAGUUUCGUUCCCAAUCUAAAUGAAAAAAUUGUUUU